CGGGCCAAGUCCCAUCGGUUUAAGGUCACACUUGACGAUGCUUGGACUCAGAUUGAUGACACUACAAAGACCAUCGCUUCAGCCCACCAUAAAAGUGUUCGCCAUGUGCAGAAUGACCUCUACAUUGGUCAUGGAAUACUUCGCUCUAGGCACUUCAAGGUGAAUGCGUGGAAUGCGUUCUGUUGGAAAAAAAACCAGGACAGUGAGAAUUGUGAUCAGGGCAGACAUGCACUCGAGCAGCUUGUUCAUGAGCAUAAGGCCAAGUACUAUGCGCUCUCGAGGGAAGAACAACAAGACCUGGUCAAGGAGUAUGCCGAACAGAAGUUGGCAAGGAUGGCUGGUGUCCGCACCUCCACCAAGUCAAAGAUCAAUGACAUCACUCAAACUCUAAAGGCCAUUGAAAACAAACUCAAUAGCUUGAACUGUCGCACAGGUGCAGAAGCAAUUCUAUACAUGACGCAUGGGUCAACCGAUCUCCCCCUCCAAGGCAUAACCUUUGCAAUGGAAGGUGUACAACACUUCAUGCAGUCUGUGAUGAGUAUCGACAAUCAAGAUUUGAUCACUAAAAUGGAAGGCUUUGCUGUCCAAGGCAUGAGAGGGGCUGCAAAAAAUCACCAACAACAUGUCUCUGAAAUAUGCUCAUCCAUCUGCAACAUUAUCAACCGCACUCUUCAUAAUGUAGGGGAAAUUACUGGCGACUCCAACGCCAAAAUGCAAUGGGCUUACUAUUUCUGGAAUGUCAUUCAACAUUACCAAGUUGUGAUAGAAGGGUGGCCCAAAAACAUUCCAUUUGCGAACCUCAGCAAGGUGUCUAGUGCCCUCCCUGAGCUUGAGAUGCUCCUUCGGAAGUGGGAGUUGGGUACCACACAUUGGAAGGUUUUGACUGACGAAGAUUUCAAGAAAAUCUGUCUGGAACACAACAAGAAGCUUGAGAGUGGCGAGAUCAAAGAUACUUGCCAACGACCUCGAUCUGACAAAGGCAGUAAAUGCAAGAGGCCAGCAGCCACUGAUGAAAACUCAACCUGCCGCAAGAAGUACAAGAGUAAAGAAACUAUUGAAGACAGUGACAAUGAAAAUGGUGAGGAAGAGGAAGAUGACACUCCCGAUCAUCGGCCAUCUGAUGGCACUUCCGACACCACCCCUACCCCUCAUGUACCUGGCAGUGCUCUUACUCUUUCACAUCCUAACUCCAACAAUCUUCCUCUUAAUGAUUCUUCCAAUGGCUCUACCUCCGAUGUCCCUCUCUUCGACUGUGAUGCUGCACUGGCUAUGCUAGACCAAAUCUUUGGUCCUGUGCCCCAAGCUGGCCCAUCAACCAUUGGUCAUGAUCUUGAGUUUAACUUCUUUAACUGUGAUAUGUUCGGCUCUACAUCCUGA